UAGGCAUAUUUUUGAUAUAGAGAUACUAAUUAAGUGUUCAACUUGUCUAAAAAUUAAUUCAUUUAGGAUGCCUUUGACUAUAGCUACAGCAUUGUUCAUUGAAUCAGGCUUUUCUGCUAUAGUGUGUCUUCUAAUAGAGAAAUCUUCUAUUGAGGGAAGACGUUUAGUUAUUAUUGAAUAGUCAUCCCGAAGAUAUCGGAUAUUUUUAUCCGUCUUUUUGUAUUCGGUAACUAGCGCAAACUAUGCAUUGUUCCUACCAUUUGGAUCAUCGGGUCCAAACUUUUUUCGAAUUCGAACCUGGACGGGUCUGGCUCCAACCCGAUGCACUCUAGUGGGGUUAGGUGCACCUUGAUGUGAGUGUUGAAUAGAUGAACCAUACAGACAUCGAUACUAGUAUGUAUAUAAAGAUCCACAACGUCAUUAUGAACUGGAGUUUAUAGUGGUAUAUUAUAUAGAAAAAAAGUGGAGCAUUCAAUCAAGAUUCUAGCGAGUCGUAACAUCGAGCGUUAUUUGUUUAUGAAAAAUUUAUUUAAUUAUAAUGCUUUAAUAGGAAAUUGCACGUGAUUUAAUUGAACGUAAAUUACCUGGUUCAAUUGUUAAUGUAUCAAGUCAAGCAUCAGUAGCAGCAUUAAAAGAUCAUACUCUUUAUUGUUCAGCAAAAGCAGCUGUUGAUAGUUUAACACGUACUAUGGCAUUGGAAUUAGGUCCUCAUCAAAUUCGAGUUAAUAGUGUACAACCAACAGUUGUUUUAACAGAAAUGGGUCGAUUUGCAUGGUCUGAUGAAAACAAGGCUGCAGGAAUGUUAUCGAAAAUUCCAUUAAAUAGAUUUGCUGAAGUGGAAGAUGUUGUUGAACCAAUAAUAUUUUUACUAUCGAAUAAAUCUCAAAUGAUUAAUGGUACAUGUUUACCUAUAGAUGGUGGAUAUUUGGUAACAUAA